AUGUCUUCCGCUCAGCCUGUCGAUGAAUCAGACCGGCGUCAUCCCCGACGUCGAGUACUUAAUCGCCCCCCUCCCUCACUCUCGAGUGACUCGUCACCACUCCCGUCGAAUCUGCGCUUGAUCAAAGGAGAAACUUUCCACUCUUCCAGCCGGCCCCGGUCCGAUCGUGAUCCAGUACUAGAUUUAAAACUGCUACCACGCCGCUCUCCUACAUGUCCUAAAGCCUUGGAAGCCAUAGCUGCCGGCCAGCGGCGUAUGGCCCAUAUCCUAAACCGCUUCGACCUUGAUUCUCUUUCAACGCGCGACUCAUCGGAACCCCAAGACGAGCUCCCUGUUCCUCGAGGUAUCUUGAGGACACACGUUAAAUCCCGUGCUUCAAAAGACGAUUCUACCAAGCAAUCCGAACCUACACCACAGGAGCCCAAAGAAUCCCGGAAGAGGAUUCGAAGAGUGAACCACCAUACAUCCGACAGUGGCUUGGGCAGUUCUAUUGGCAGCAUCGAAACCAUGUCAUCUACUAAGGGCAACGUGACAGCUGGCCAAGUGUGUCAAGCUAGCGUUGGACACAAAUUGUCUGCUACUGCACGCGUUGAGAUACAGGGCCGUAUUCUUUUCCCCCUGCUUAUGAAGGACAAGUUUCAGCUAUUCCACCCUCUUGUCCGAUGCGCCCAUCAGCAGAUCGAAAAAGACCAGCUCAAGUGUUUGCGUGACGUCGAGAAGACCCUUCUCUUUUCAACUCCUGACGUGAAGGCGCCGACUACAGCCUGGUACUCAUUCUGCCGAUUCACGAUUCACUGCCUUCACGAGACUUCUGGUUACCUUCGGGGCAGGGAUUUGACCUUGCCCAACGAUGUGCCAUAUUCGAACAACUACUUCCUCGACCUUAUUACCCAGAUCAACCGCUUCGCAAGGAUCCGGGACCGGUCCCGACAAGAAUCAGCGAUCAACGGCGAGAAGGCCGCCAUCAGGUCCAUUGAGCCCCGACUUACCCUUGAGGGCGGCAUGUCUGAAACUGGACGGCCUGCUGAGCUUGUCAUGCACAAGGAUGGCAAGUCCAUUUCCAUGCAGACGGGCAAGCCGUACGACGAGCACGCCAUCCCGACCUUCAAGCGUACACUAAGUGUGGAAACGGUCGAUGAGGGAGUUGAACGGUCCAUGGCCCGCCGCAAGAAGAACGCUCCCCCGAUGGAUAUCAACCAAAAGUGCCAGUUCUGCGACAAGGUCUUGAAGCGACCAUGUGAUCUUACUAAACACGAGAAGACCCACUCGCGUCCUUACAAGUGCCCUGAAAGGGGUUGCAAGUAUUUCGAAUUGGGCUUCCCGACCGAGAAGGAGACGGAGCGUCAUUACAAUGACAAGCACUGCAAGAACCCCCGCUUGUUCAGAUGCCAUCAGCCUGGCUGCACCUACGCAUCUAAGAGGGAGAGCAAUUGCAAGCAACACAUGGAGAAGACGCACGGUUGGGUGUAUGAACGGACAAAGAACAACGGCAAGAACAAGCCUAUCAAGCAAGGUUCCGCUCAACCCACUCCCCAGACCAGCGGUAUCCCAUCUCCUGCUGCCUCCAACCCGACGGGCGAUUUCUCUACACCCACGACAGGCCCCACGGUUUCCCCUAGUGAGCCUCCUCUCGCUUUCCCUGAGGCAAUACCCUUCUCAUUCGCCGACCCUCCCGUUCCAACCCAGACCGAGGACUUCCAGCUGUUCUCGAACAGUCCCACUUCGCUUGGUGGUUCUCCCUAUCAUAACAUGAAUGAAGCCCAGGGAUUCCCGCCUGGCGCAAAUUUCGACCUGAAUCAGGCCCAUGUGCCUGGUAUUGGUAGCCCUGCCUCCGGAUCGAGCGAGUUUCUCACACCACCCUCUGGAAGCACUCAUUCACCUUAUGAUCCUAUCAAUCCAUUCCCCGACAACUCACUGUUCUCCUUUGAGCCAUACAUGCAGCCAAAAACCGAAGAGAGCCUGUUGUUUGUGAGCGGCGGAUUUGGCGAUGUGCCCAGUAUGUUCGAGCAGAACCCCAUGGAUUUUCUGACCGACCCAAUGUACAACUCAACCUUCAUGGGCUAUGAGACUGUCCAGCCGCAGCUUGAGGCCAAUCCAAAUGCGCAGUUUGGACUGGAUGGUUGGGAUGAUUUCAUGUGCAAGCCCGACCAACCUUCCAUGUAA